AUGUCACGAUCACCAUCUGGCUCACCUCCUCCAACACCAAGCCAAUCUCCAGUGCCACAGAAAGCCGGUUACCAGUCACCGCCAUGUAUUUGCGGUUCAGUACCGUUGGUUUCACUGUCGGCGAACACCCUUGCUGACUCGCUAGGAGUCUCGCCACUCUACAAGCAACAAGAUUCUGCUCGAUGGAAUGCCGCAGCACAGGUCUAUCACAACUCCCGUGCCCAUUCACCGACACAGGACGGGCAAUUCCAGUUCUCGCCGGAACAGAUCCCUGAAAAUAUGUGGGUGAAUCCACAGCAACUGGUCACCAAUUUCAUCCAUAAAAGCUCGGCAGUCAGGACACCGUUAUCGCUGGAGGAUAUCGCCAACAUGAAUCGACGGCGUCACACUCAGGAAGGCGGAGUGGUUAGAAAUGAGGCCGGAGGUCCAUUAGAAUUGGAAGCGAUAGCAGCUGUUCAUGAAUUGUCGCAUGAAGUUCGAGAUAUAAGUGUGUCGGAGAUGCUUCCAAGGACUAGUGAUCUUAUCUUCGUUAAUGUGAAAACACAAGAAGGUCAGCCCUACACUCUUGAGCUAACGUUGAAAGGUUGGCGCAUCGCAUCGUCGCAUACGGAUUGCAUGAACGGAGAUUAUACCAAGGUGGAUUUGCACACGCGCUAUUUCCGCAAUGCUCGUGAAUUGCUCAGCUUCAUCUCUCCGGACCAUUGCGACCAGAUUCAACGAGUGCUUAGCAAAUAA